AUGGGUUCACUCCCUUCUCCAACCAGACCAACAGCUUCAUCAUCACCAUCCCCAGAAAAUUUUCUAUCCAAUUUUGUAGUGGUUGCUGUGUUUUGUCCUAGAGAACCAAGCCCAGGUGUGAGGCUCCCUAAUUCAAUUGAGCUCUAUAACCCAUCCAUCAACACAUGGACCUAUAUUGGCCCUAUUCCUGGCCUAAUUGAUGACCAAGUCCUAAAGGGGUUUUCUAUGGUCUCACUAGGAGACUUUAUUUAUAUAAUUGGUGGCCAAAUUUGCCACAAAGAAAUGGUUCAUGUAUCUGAUGAAUCUGCUGACUACCUUGAUAAGGGUAUCCAAGUUGUACCAACGGUUCUCCGUUACAACAUAAGAACCAACCAAUGGUUCAAUUGUGCACCACUAGGUGUGGCAAGAUAUGAUUUUGCUUGCACCGUUUGUGACAACAAAAUAUACGUGGCAGGGGGGAAGUCCACGCUGGCAAGUGCACGUGGGAUCUCAUCCGCUGAGUUGUAUGACCCUGAUCUUGACACGUGGACCCCUUUGCCAAAUUUGCAUAUUUUAAGGUACAAAUGCAUAGGCGUGACGUGGCAAGGAAAAGUAUACAUUGUGGGGGGUUUUGCUGAAAGAGAAGAUUCGGAUAAAACAAUGCCAAGCAUAGUGGAACGUAGCUCAGCUGAGAUGUAUGACACGCAAGCAGGGAAGUGGGAUCUCAUAGCUGGGAUGUGGCAAUUAGAUGUGCCACCUAAUCAAAUAGUGGCAGUGAAUGGCACUCUUUUUAGCUCAGGUGAUUGUUUGAAUGCAUGGAAGGGACACAUUGAGGCUUAUGAUGGCAAACUUUGGAAUGAAGUUGAUGGGUCACAUAAGCAAUGUCUUUCCACAUUUGAGGACAACUAUGAGAAUUGGCGUCCUAAUGAUCAACGAUUGUACCUAACUAUGGCACCAAUUGGGACUCUCUUGUUUUUCUUGGCAGGUUAUAAGAUAGGUGGGGAAGUAGCAAGAACAAUGUCUGUUGUUCACAUGUUUGACACUUCAGCCACCAGAGAUGCUUGGAGGAGCCUUGAACCAAUGGAAUUGGAGAGUGAGAAAGAGCUUUGUAGCCAUUGCUGUGUUGUGCAACUCUCUUAA